GCAUUCAGCAUUCGAGUCUUAGAUUCGUUUAGUACCUCCUUAUCCCCUGAAGUUGUGGAGGCUUUGAUUUGUUGUGAAGAUUGGAUAAGAUCUUCAGACUCCGAGUUGGUGGCUGAUGGAGAAGAUGAGGGUGAUGAAGUGGUAUUUCAAAAUGUAUAUGCAGCUUUUCAAGCUCAGAGUGCAAGUGCACCUGCAGGACCUAGUGGAAGCUCUCGUGCAGGAGCUAGUGGAAGCUCUCCUACUACCCAUGUUUUGAUCCGAGUCCUACUAUAUCACAAGUGGAAGAAGACUAUGUCAACGACAAUUUUGAUGAGAAUGAUGAGACUUAUGUGGAUGUAGAGCCUGAUGAGGAGUGAUAAUGGUAGUAGUGUUUAUCUUGUAUGGUGGGUGAACUUUGAUUUUACUUGGAUGUUAUCAUUUGAGAAUUGUAAAACUAAUGUGUUUAAUUACGAGUUGAAGAUAAUCUCAUCUAUGAUUGUCGGUAUUUUAUGUUGAACAAAAUUAUUUAUAAUUUUGCGCCAAAC